AAGUGCGCGACGUAACCCUAACCUGACCUAACGAUUUAAAUGAAAAGAAUUUAUUUUCGCCGAAUGUUUUCCUUCGCGAAAGUGAAAGAGUGAAAAAGAUCGUGACGAAAAGCGAUGCUUCACGCGAAAGCUUUCGUUGUUCGCCACAAAAUAUUCGUGGAAAUAACAAACGGAGAAGCAUCAAUGUAGGUUAGGUUAGGUUGACGAUCCAAGAGACGGCGAUGCGCGCAUGUAUGUGUGCAUGACUUUUUUAGCUGGUAUAAGCGCAGGUGUAACUGGCGGAGGCGAGGUGGAGAUUUAAUUUGGCGGCAGAGAGUUGAAAAAGUGAUGUCGGAAUGACGGUCAACGUUUCGCCGGUUUCGCCGAUCGCGUAGCUCAUCGCUUUCUACGCCUCCAACUCCAACGUUGGCGAGAGUUAAUUCACCAAAUUAGCGAUUCAUGUCACAGCAGAAAGAUGGAAAGAUAACGUACUUUCGAUAAAAUACUUUUUACUAAUGCGUCUCUGCAUACCGGUACCUUCUUGAACAUAUAUAAUUUAUAUUUACGAUACGAUAUAUUAUAUUGUUUUGAAUGCCGUGAGGUUAGGUACAUGUGUCGAGCAAAAUGAGCGUUAUCGCGAGGCCGCGUUUCAGCGGGUAUUUGAAAUCCCUUCGGUAUCUGUGGCAACGGCAACAUAGCACAACAGUGGACUCGACCAGGACUAAGCAAGAAAAUCUGGAAGCUAGACAGAGAGAAGUCAUGGCACGUGGCCUCCCAAAACGAAAACGUAUAAAGGGCGUCAGUCAAAUCUUUCUGAUUGCCUCUGGUAAGGGUGGCGUUGGAAAAUCGACCACCGCUGUGAAUUUGGCAACUGCCCUAAAAAUUAUCGAGCCAAAGAAGUCCAUCGGAUUGUUGGACGCUGACGUUUUCGGACCCUCUGUACCUCUGAUGAUGAACAUACACGAAUCACCUGUACUAAAUCAAGACAAUCUUAUGGAACCUCUUGUAAAUUAUGGUGUAAAAUGUAUGUCCAUGGGAUUUUUAAUUGACGAGAAAUCACCGGUAGUUUGGAGGGGACUCAUGGUGAUGAGUGCGUUGGACAAGCUAGUGAAUCAGGUGGCAUGGGGACCGCUCGAUUAUCUCGUGAUUGACACUCCUCCUGGAACAGGGGACACGCAUCUCUCUCUGAUCCAGACACUUUUUAUUGCCGGCGCGUUGCUGGUGACGACGCCACAAAAAGUCGCGCUAGAGGUGACCAGGAGAGGUGCGAAUAUGUUCAAGAAGUUGAACAUUCCUGUUGCUGGUAUCGUGGAGAAUAUGAGCAGCGUUACGUGUCCAAAAUGCAUGACGGAGGUGCCUCUCUUCGGCAACGCCACGCUCUCGUUAGCUAAAGAACUAGAUGUGGAUAUUUUACAGAAGGUACCGAUGCACGAAAGCAUCGCGGAGAGUUCGGACAGUGGUAAACCGAUUGUCCUGGUGGCACCAAAGAGUAGACAAGCAGAAACUUAUAGGGAAUUAGCAGAACGUGUUGUUGCAUUUUUAAAUAAGCAGGAAAUAAAUGAAGAGUGAUAAAACAAGAAUCUCUAAAGAAA